CGUGAGUCUGCCGGCUAUCUCAGCUCUUUCACACACUCUCAACUAACUCUGUGUUGAACCCCCGUUACCGGGCAAUGUUGGAUCUACCAAACCUAACUCUAUACUAUUCACCUACACAGAAGACAGCAGACUUGAUCAGUUCACUUCCUGCGACACGUGGUCUUUCACUAUCCCACUGGUUACGGCCCCUAGAAUGAAAAAACUGUGAUUUUGGCCUCAAUUGUGAAGAUCCAUCCAUCUGUCCAGCACUUCUCUCCAUUCCUGACCUCCCCCUCUUCCCCCCUCAUCCUGCACAGCUCAUGACAUCAGUGCAGCCAACAUGGCAUUCUCAUCACGCUUUUCCUUCUGGGAGCAAAAGGUCAAAGAAGAGGUCAGACCACCAGGCUCCAAGACUUCAAACCAGGGUUCAGACAGCGACAGUGGCAGUAUGAGUAUCCGCUCCCAGUCCGUGCCUAGUCUGGAGCCUGGCAGGGGCCUACUCUGCAGUAAAAGCCCUGAGCCGGCCAAGACACCACCCGGGGUCAGAGUCAGGAGUCCCUCACCACCCAGGGUACGCAGGGAUGUAAAGGUCCCUGAACGCUUCAAAAGUCCAGUGCCUCCGAUCCAGAUGCCAGCACAACGCUUCAGGAGCCCUGACCCACUCAGAGCUUCCAUGAUUAGCCCUGAGCCUGUGCUGAACGGGAACAGCAAGCCCAACGGAUCCGUUAAUGGAAGUGCUGUCAAUGGAAGCUCUGCCAACGGCAGUGCCAACCAGCCAGACCUGGACAACGAUGAUCAGAGCCUUACCCGCAAGAAGGUAGUGAAGGUGGUACGUCGAGUGGUGAGGAAGGUACUACCUGCAGAAGAGGAGUAUGCUCCAGCUCCUGAGCCUACCAAACCUGCCCCUGAACCUCCUAAAUUGGUGCUAUCACAAGUGCUAAGAUCUGUGCCCAAGGUCCCAAAGGUUCCACUGUUCUCUUUCAAGCACGACACCAUCAAGACAGAGGAGAAGGACAAUAUAUCAGCUGGGCUGGCCAGCCUCAUGGUCCGCGGGAGGACCAGGGACCGCCCUCGCACACGCAAAGAUGGGCCACCUGAAAAAAAACAGGUGGAAGCGGGGGAAAGAGAGGAAAAAGAAAGUCCAAAGUUGGUUGAUAUUAAAUCUAGCCCUAAAGUCGUCCCAGUUUCAAAACCGGAAGAUAAGACUCCCGUGUUGGCGGCACCUGCCAAAGUUCCUCCUACUGCUUCUACUUUGACCUUGGUUCCCUCCAAGUCUGCACCCGCAGGCUUCAUCCCUGCCUCAAAGCCUUCCUCGCUCUCCCCUCCCGCAGGUUUCAUUCUACCACCAAAAUCAGCCUCCCUUAGCCCACCUGAUGGGUUUGUACCAGCACCAAAAUCAGCCCCCCUUUGCCCACCAAAUGGGUUUGUACCAGCACCAAAAUCUACCCCUCUUUCCCCUCCAGCAGGGUUUGCACCAGCCCCAAAAUAUACUGCUGUUACUCCUUCAGCUAUCACUGUAGCUCCCAAAUCCUCUCCAGCCAUUCACCCGCCAUGCUUCGUCCCACCACUAAAAUCGACCCAUAUGUCCUCACCUGCCGGGUUCAUACCAGUCCCAAAAUAUAUACCCCUUUCCCCAUCUGCUGGUUUUGUCCCCUCUUAUAAAUCCUCCCCUGUCACUCCCCCUUCAGCAUCCGUUCCCACCUCCAAGUCCUCCUCCAGUACUUCCGCUGCAGGGUUCGUCCCAGACCCCAAGGCCUCGCUUCUCUACCCUAACCCUCCCAAGUCCUCGGCUCUCUCCCCUCCUCCUGCGGUCAUCACUCCCAAGGCGAGUACCCUCUCUCCACCACCAGAGUUCAUCCUGCCCCCCAGACAGCCAACCGUGAAGAAGCCUGAGGUGAAGGCUUUGGCAGCCUCUCCCCUGUCCUCUGUUCCCAUUGAGAAGGCUUCACCGCAGAACAAUUCAUCAACCAUUACCCCAAACAUUACCCAAAAGGAGGUUCCACUCAGUCCCACUGAAGAGGCUCAUAGACGCCUGGAGAGGAUCUUCACUGCGCCUCUGGAGCCGGUGGUUCGUGCCUCAACUCCGCUCCUUUCUCCGGCCCCAACCCCCCCUCAGGGACAGGUGGACGAGGACCCCGUGGCCAUCCUUCAGGCGUCUCACGCCGCUGCCCAACAAUCCAAGGUGAAGACAGAGGAGCAGAUAGCCACAGAGCAGGCAUGGUACGGCUCAGAGAAGGUCUGGCUGGUCCACAAGGAUGGUUUCUCCCUGGCCACACUGCUGAAGACUGAGUUGGGCUCCCUGCCGGAGGGGAAGGUGAAGAUCAAACUGGAACAUGACGGGACAAUCCUGGACGUAGAUGAGGAUGACGUGGAGAAGGCGAACCCCCCGUCAUUUGACCGCUCUGAGGACCUGGCCUCGCUGCAGUACCUCAAUGAGUCCAGUGUGAUGCACUCCCUGCGGCAGCGUUACGGGGGAAACCUCAUCCACACACACGCCGGGCCCAACAUGGUCAUCAUCAAUCCCCUCAGCGCUCCCUCCAUGUACUCAGAGAAGGUGAUGCACAUGUUUAAGGGGUGCAGGCGAGAGGACACGGCACCUCACAUCUACGCGGUGGCUCAGUCGGCCUACAGGAACCUGUUGACCACGCGUCAGGAUCAGUCCAUCGUGCUGCUGGGGAAGAGCGGUAGCGGCAAGACCACCAACUGUCAACACCUGGUCCAGUAUCUGGUCUCCAUCGCUGGCAGCACCGGAAAGAUCUUCUCUGGAGAGAAGUGGCAGGCAGUAUACACCAUCCUGGAAGCAUUUGGGAACAGCUCCACCUCCAUGAACACCAACGCCAGCCGCUUCUCUCAGAUUGUCUCUCUGGACUUCGACCAGGCUGGCCAGGUGGCCUCAGCAUCCAUACAGACCAUGCUGCUUGAGAAGCUGAGAGUGACCAAACGGCCGGAGACUGAGUCCACCUUCAACGUCUUCUACUACAUGAUGUCCGGAGCUGACAGCACUCUCAGAACGGAGCUGCACUUUAACCACUUUGCAGAGAACAGCGCAUUUGGAAUUGUGCCUCAGUCUAAACCGGAGGACAAACAGAAGUCAUCUCAGCAGUUCACCAAGCUGCAGGCAGCCAUGAAGGUGCUGGGCAUCUCAGUGGAGGAGCAGAGGGCUCUGUGGCUCAUCCUGGGGGCCAUCUACCACCUGGGGGCAGCAGGGGCUACCAAAGAGGCUGGCGAAGCUGGCCGUAAGCAGUUUGCCCGUCAUGAGUGGGCCCAGAAGGCAGCCUACCUGCUGGGCUGCACCCUGGAGGAGCUCUCCUCUUCCAUCUUUAAGCACCAGGCCAAGGGGCCCAUGCAGAGGUCCACCUCCUUCCGUGGGGGGCCCGACGAGGCCGGCGCAGGAGACAGCUCAGGCUCUAAGAUCACAGCCCUGGAUUGUUUGGAGGCCAUGGCUUCAGGCCUGUACUCAGAGCUCUUCACCCUCGUUAUCUCCCUUGUCAACAGAGCUCUGAAGUCCAGUCAGCACUCACUGUGCUCUCUGCUCAUCGUGGACACACCGGGUUUCCAGAACCCUCGUAUGGCCAAGCGGCAGCGUGGUGCCACCUUCGAGGAGCUGUGCCACAACUACGCCCAGGAGCGCCUGCAGACUCUGUUCCACGAACGCACCUUUGUACAGGAGCUGGAGAGAUAUAAGGAGGAAAACAUAGAGCUUGCAUUAGAUGACAUAGAGUCCAGUACCUCAAUGUCUGUAGCAGCUAUAGACCAAGCAUCUACUCAAGCGCUGGUACGCACCCUGGCGAGGACAGAUGAGGCUCGGGGUCUGCUGUGGCUGAUGGAGGAGGAGGCUGUGCAGCCAGGGGGCUCUGAGGACACUCUGCUGGAGAGACUCUUCAGUUACUACGGCCCUGACCAGGGGGACAACAAAGGACACGCCCUGCUCCUGAAGAGCGACAAGCCGCAUCACUUCCUGUUGGGCCACAGCCACGGGACGGACUGGGUGGAGUACGAUGCUCAGGGUUGGCUGAGCCACGCCAAGCAGAACCCCGCCUCCCAGAAUGCUGCCACUCUGCUGCAGGACUCACAGAAGAAGAACAUCAGCAGUCUGUUCUCUAGUCGUAGUGGAGGGCCCACAGUGCUGUCUGGCUCUAUCGCAGGGUUGGAGGGGGGAUCUCAGCUGGCCCUCCGCAGAGCCACUAGCAUGAGGAAGACCUUCACAACCGGCAUGGCUGCCGUGAAGAAGAAGAGCCUCUGCAUCCAGAUCAAACUGCAAGUGGAUGCUCUGCUGGACACAGUACGCAGGUCCAGAGUUCACUUUGUCCACUGCCUACUGCCCAAGGCAGAUGCGGUGGGGGUGGGUGGGGAGCCGCGCGUGGCCCACGGAGAAAGCUGCGACUCAGGCCUCAUGCAGCUGGAUGUGGGCCUUCUGAGGGCUCAGCUCCGUGGAUCGAAGCUUAUUGACGCGCUGCGCAUCUACAGGCAAGGAUACCCUGAUCACAUGGUGUUCUCUGAAUUCCGUCGCCGCUUCGAUGUGUUGGCACCCCACCUGACCAAAAAGCACGGGCGCCACUACAUCGUCACAGACGAGAAGCGGGCUGUGGAGGAGCUGUUGGAGUCUCUGGACUUGGAGAAGAGCAGUUACCACAUGGGCCUGAGCAGGGUGUUCUUCAGAGCUGGGACCCUGGCCAAACUGGAGGAGCAGAGGGACGUCCAGACCAGACGCAACAUCACCAUGUUCCAGGCUGCCUGCAGAGGAUACCUGGCCAGACAGGCCUUCAAGAAGAGGAAGAUCCAGGACCUGGCUAUCCGCUGCAUCCAGAAGAACAUCAAGAAGAACAAGGGAGUGAAGGGCUGGGCCUGGUGGAAGGUGUUCACCACAGUACGCCCCCUUAUAGAGGUCCAGCUCACAGAGGAGCAGAUACGUGGCAAAGACGAGGAGAUCCAGCAGCUGAAAGGGAGGCUGGAGAAGGUGGAGAAGGAGAGGAACGAGCUGAGACUCAACAGUGACCGCCUGGAGAGCCGGAUCACAGAGCUGUCGUCGGAGCUGGCAGACGAGAGGAACACAGGAGAGUCGGCCUCUCAGCUGCUGGAGUCUGAGACCUCAGAGAGACUGAGACUGGAGAAAGACAUGAAGGACCUGCAGACUAAGUUUGACUCGAUGAAGAAGUCUAUGGACUCUAUGGAGAUGGAGGUGAUGGAGACCAGACUCCUCAGAGCCUCCGAGCUCAACGGAGAGAUGGACGACGACGACACAGGGGGAGAGUGGAGACUGAAGUAUGAGAGAGCCAUCAGAGAGAUCGAGUUCACCAAGAAGAGGCUCCAGCAGGAGUUUGAUGACAAGCUGGAGAUUGAGCAGCAAAACAAACGACAGCUGGAGAGGAGGCUAAGUGACCUCCAGGCAGACAGUGAAGAGGUGCAGCGUACGGCCCAGCAGCUGAAGAAGAAGUGUCAGAGAUUGACGGCUGAGCUACAGGACACCAAGCUACACCUGGAAGGCCAGCAGAGCCGCAACCAUGACCUGGAGAAGAAACAGAGGAAGUUUGACUCCGAGCAGAACCUGUCUCAGGAGGAGGUUCAGAGGGAGAAGAAUAUUAGAGAGAUGCUGAGCAGAGAGAAGGACAUGCUGACUGGAGAGGUGUUUAGCCUACGACAGCAACUGCAGGAUAAGGACCUGGAGAUGUGUGCGCAGAAUGUGAAGUUAGAACAGCUGGAGGCGGAGCUGCUGGAUCUGUCGUCCCAGGAGACCAAGGAUGAGGCGUCGCUGUCCAAGGUGAAGAAGACGAUGCGUGACCUGGAGGCCAAGGUCAAAGACCAGGAAGAGGAGCUGGAUGAACAGGCCGGAACUAUACAGAUGCUGGAGCAGGCUAAGCUGCGUCUGGAGAUGGAGACAGAGAGACUGCGCCAGACACACUCCAAGGAGAUUGAGAGUAAAGAUGAGGAGGUGGAGGAGAUCAGACAGUCCUGCAGUAAGAAGCUGAAGCAGAUAGAAGUCCAGCUGGAGGAGGAGUAUAAUGACAAACAGAAGGUCCUACGUGAGAGGAGAGAACUGGAGACCAAGCUGCUGUCUGCCCAGGACCAGGUGAACCCCAGAGACGUGGAGACAGAGAAGAGGCUGAGGAAGGAUCUGAAGCGCACCAAGGCCCUGCUGGCCGACGCCCAGAUCAUGCUGGACCACAUGAAGAACAACGCCCCCAGCAAGAGAGAGAUUGCCCAGCUCAAAAACCAGCUGGAGGAGUCAGAGUUCACUUGCGCGGCAGCAGUGAAGGCCCGUAAAUCUAUGGAGGUGGAGAUUGAGGACUUGCAUGUGCAGAUGGACGACAUCUCCAAAGCCAAACAGGCUCUGGAGGAGCAGUUGAGCAGGCUGCAGAGAGAGAAGAAUGAUCUGCAGUCUCGUAUGGAGGAGGACCAGGAGGAUAUGAACGAGCUCAUGAAGAAGCACAAGUCAGCUGUCUCCCAGUCAACUCAGAACCUAGCCCAGAUCUCUGACCUACAAGCCCAGCUGGAGGAGGCCCUCAAGCAGAAGCAGGAUGUCCAGGAGAAGCUCUCGGCACUGCAAAGCCAGCUGGAGUUCCAGGAGACUUCUAUGGUGGAGAAGUCUCUGGUCAGCAGGCAGGAGGCCAAGAUCCGAGAGAUGGAGACCAAGAUGGAAUUUGAGAAGACGCAGGUCAAACGCUUGGAGAGCCUGGUGGCCCGUCUGAAGGAGAACCUUGAGAAGCUAACAGAGGAGCGGGAUCACCGCAGCACCAGCGAGACCCGGGAGAAGGAGCAGAACAAGCGGCUCCAGAGACAGAUCAGAGAUAUCAAGGAGGAGAUGGGAGAGCUGGCCAAGAAGGAGGGAGAGGCCAGCCGCAAGAAACAUGAGCUGGAAAUGGAUAUUGAAAGCUUGGAGGCAGCCAAUCAGAGCCUGCAGGCGGACCUUAAACUAGCCUUCAAGAGGAUUGGUGACCUCCAGGCUGCCAUCGAAGAUGAGAUGGAGAGUGACGACAAUGAGGACCUCAUCAACAGUUUACAAGACAUGGUGACAAAGUAUCAGAAAAGAAGGAACAAAACUGAGGGAGACUCAUCUGACUCGGAGGUGGAAGACCGUGUGGACGGGGUCAAGUCCUGGCUGUCCAAAAACAAAGGCUCGACCAAGAACCUCUCAGAUGACGGCAGCCUCAAGAGCGCCAGUCCUCCUAGCCGAAGACGGUUCUGCUUUGACAAAUCUGACGAAGAAGAGGAAGAAAAAAAAGAAGGUGGUGUGUCCCGAGGGUCCUACCGCUCCAGAAACACACGGGGCAGCUACCUGAACAACAGUGACAGCGAAGACAAGCCCUCUGAGACAACAUAGUUCACACACCAGCCAACAAACCAUGCAUGUUGAGAGGGCCCCUGUGGUGCUGUCAUCACACACAACCACUCUACUGUUCUUCUAACUCUGCAACAUGGCAAUGAUACUAUACACUAUCAUUAUUAUUCUACUGUUACAAAGCAGCUUGCAUUGCUAAGGUCUAGAGAAGUACGUCAGUGUACAGUACACAACACUAAUGGUUUCUCUCACUCUCCACUGGGCCAACCAUCUCUUAGUGUAUUUCACCAGUCACAUGUGACAAUGUCUCCAUCUUGGAUCUGGCCCCUCCAGUUGAACAGCACCUCCAUUAAUAAUAUCUUGUCUCUCCUGUCUCUGCUGGCUGCAUGAGGACAGCUGCUGCUUGGCUGGCACCAUCGUCUCCUACUUCCUAGACUCUGUCAUCGUCAUCAUGGUUGUAACUAAGCCAAAGAACUAGCUGUGUUCCCUUGUGUUUUAUCACUGCAUCGGGGGACCAGAAAGAAAAAAAAUCUAACAAAAAAAAGACGAAGGAAAUAAGUACCAAAAAAGCCUUUGUUGCAAGUAGAAGUGUACACUGUGUUAUUGCUUAUCAAGUAUAUGUGUACACUGUGUUAUUGCUUAUCAAGUAUAUGUGUACACUGUGUUAUUGCUUAUCAAGUAGAUGUGUACACUGUGUUAUUGCUUAUCUGAGUCCUGGUAAAAAGACCAGAGUUUAUUUUUGGGAGAAGUGCCGCUGAUAUACAGUACAUAGGGUCCUCUACAGCUGUGCUUAGAUUCUGGCAGCAGCGCCGCGCCACCCCCCUGAAAGAAGACGCUUUCAUCGGCUCAUCUGCUUGUUUUGUAUUGCUUGUUUUAGCAGGAGAAUAAUGUUUCCUAACAGGAAGACAACAGAAGAGAGCUGCAUCACCAAACUGCUUUGUGAUGAAAGUUUAGCCCUUCUCUUCUUUUUUCCAUCUUUUUGUUUUGAUGUUUGAAAGAAGAUCAUUUGUUUUCGAGAGUCCUGCCAUCAAGAAAAUGAAUUUCCAGGAGGUUGGAGCGUAGCAUACCCUAUGAAAUGCCUUGCCUUUUAUUUCAACUUGAAUUGAACUAAGUACUUUGCAGAAAUGCUUUUGGGGUGAGAGUCUUUGGCUCAGCUGUUUUUCUUUCUUCUUUCUGUCGUUGUGGUUGUUGUUGUUCUCGUGCUUUUCACUCAUUUUUUUCUCUCCAUUUGAUGUUUGCUUUCCAAAGGGAACGAUAUUGAACACCAUGCUUUAUGGUGGUUUGCCUUUAGUUUAUAUAUACUUCAACACCCACAUGUUUUCUUUUUCUGAUAAACCAUACUGGAUUACACAUGGUGAGGAUUUGGGUUCCUCAACGCGCAUGUCCAAUGUAAACUGGAUAUAAUGCAUUCAAAUCCUUUUCACUGUCUCUGAAGCCUAUUUGUCAUGUAGGAUUCAUCAGUAUUCUGUCCUGAACCAGUGCUACUGUUCAUAACAGAGCAGCAGUUUAACCAGGAAGAUAUUAAACACCCAUGCUUUUACGGUUGCUUGGUGUUACAUUGAACCCUUCGGCUGUCUAUUUAGUAUUUAUGAAUUAGCGUUAAUGAAUUGAGCAGGCCUGCCACAAUGUGUAUUAUCCACCUGUACAUGGCAAGUGGGGCUGAAAGGAUUUUGUUGAUACUUUGCGUGAAGGGAGACGUUUGGUGCGUUUGUAUUAUACAUGCUUUUUAAAGACACACCUAUCACCUUUUUCCUCAAUGCCAGGGUUUCCCCAACUCAGUCUUGGGGCCUGCCAGGGUGCACGUUUUGGUUUUUGCCCUAGCGCUACACAGCUGAUUCAAAUAAUCAAAGCUUGAUGAUGAGUUGGUUAUUUGAAUCAGCUGUGUAGUGCUGGGGGAAACCAAAGCGUGCACCCAGGGGGGGCCCAGGACCAAGUUGGGGAAACCCUGCUCUAUGCAGUCAACAUGAGUUUUAAAAGAAAUUGUAAACUGUUUUAUGAUCUUGUUUAUGAUACUCUUAAACCAUGUAAACACCAGGCAAAACAAAGAAAUGAGCCAACAUAACAUUGCUGACUGUACACAUUAAUAUUUAUAUAAAUAUCUGUACUGAUUCAUGCUAGCUUUCAAAAUAGUAUAUUUUUAUUUUCGUUAUUGAACAAAAUGACCACUUAUUAUGAGUAAUUUUGCAUUACAGUUUAAUAUAUUGUAAAUAAAUGAUGACUCAGACUGUAAUUGUAUUUUCUCUGUGGGUGUUUGUUUGACAUUUUCUGCAUUGGUGUUUCAGCCUCCAAGCUCCUAUCUGUCUUUUCAUACUUAAAUAUGCACAUUAGAAAAUAGUCUCCCACUUAACAUUUCUGGAGGGCAUACUGUGGUAUUUUUUUUAAUGAAAGGCAAAUAAAAAUAAAUUCUGUUCUCUGA